AUGAAGUUCAUCACCUCUAUCAUCCUCCUCCUUUCCAGCGUUGCCUUGGUGGCUGCUACGCCGGUGGAGAGCUCAGAGAAUGCUGCGAACACUAUCGGGAGAUGUUUCGGUGGUGUGUGUCAGAUCAAUGGACAUAACCAUGGGUGUCAAACUGGAAAUUGUCGACCUGUACAGGAUGAUGGAAAGUCUUGCAAUAAUAACGGUGGCAAAGUUCACUGUCCUUAG